AUGGCCAUAAUUUAUUUAAAAGAAUAUAACUCACCAAUGAAGGGAUUAUUGUCCAUAUCAAUCAUCCAUGAGGUACCAAUUCCUGUCUAGUUUCUCCGCUUCGGCCUCCAACUCUUUCUCAUCCACAGGGAUGAAGGGUGUACGUGAUUCACUAGCUGCCGGCGUCGGCGCCACAGUUCGUCUAUCAUGCCGAUUAUCCUCAUUCUUCAUCCAGGGGUUCUGCAUAUAGGAGGGAGUGGCCAGUGGGGUGUAGUCAUAUCGGAACCUUUUGGUACCUUCUCUUUCCCAGGGCGUUUUCGGUCGAGAACUGCGCGAGGUAGAGGGUGUGUCGUUAGGUAA